AUGUAUUCUACUUAUUUAUCUCUGUCAGGUAUGCGACGAUGGUUUUCCAAAUUUGGUUCAACUUCUGUGACUAGCACAUCUCCAAUCACUUCACCUGUUCCAGCUUCAUCUGGUUCAGCGUCCGCAGAAUUGCGUACAACAGAUUCCCCUCUCCCAUCACCAUCCACACCAUUUGUAAACUCUGAGUUAGAUAUUCGUUGGAAUGUUGAUUUUGCAUCAGAUCCAUGCUCUUGGGAGAGUACUUUUGAUACACAUUGGCGAAAAGCAGAAGAAUUGCUGCAAGCUGAAGAAAUUAAAUAUGAAAAAGUAAUGGCUGUUUUUCGGCAUCUGAAUUGUACAGUUCAAUUAUUAAUGAUGGAAGCAAAUGCUCAGCCAGAAUCUGCAAUUGGUCCAAUCUUAGAUCGUUAUUUUACUCACCAAAUUAUGGAACGUGUAAUUGAUUGGGCAAUUAUGGCUCCUUAUUUUCUCACACCGACAUGUCAAGUUAAUUUAAUUCGACUUUAUGAAAUUAUUGUCGGAGAAAGUCACACGCAAAAUCAUUGUUUAUUAGUUCACAAACCAAUCCUAACUCCAUUGCUAAAAUUGUUAGAAUGGUGCAGACAAAGUGCCGAGAAGAGGAAUUUUACUCCAUCUGAUAUGGAUCGACAUUUCGUUUUACUUUUAAAUCAGGUUUGUACAAAAUUAGCGGAAGAUGCAACUUUGUUGCAUUUCUUUUUUGAUUUCUGCAGUGAUUGUAAUGAGCAGUUUCUGGUAUUUAACUUAUUGAUACCAUAUCUUUAUGAUUCCGGUGACAUAGGGCAACUGGCUCGUGAUGCUUUACUUCUUAUACUUUCUGUUUCGCAGCGCAUGAAGCAUAUUGCUUCAUUCAUUGCUUCAAAGUCAAAUUUUUGUCCAGUAGUUGCUACUGGUCUUUCGGGGUGUUUCUCACAAUUAUCUCGUUCAGUUGGUUCAAUGUUAUAUGUUAGUGAUGACUGGCACAAGAUAAAUAGUGAUGACAUCGAAUUAUACCCGAGUUUGUUGGACUUCCAUUCAUCACUAAAUUUUUGUAAUGCUGUUGUACAGGUUGCUCACAGCUGUGUUGUAGCACAAGUUAUUGCAUAUGUUUAUCACGGAUUUUUGCUUCCUGUUGUUCUUCCUUCAUUAUUAGAGGGUGGUCAGGAUGAAUUGAUCUCAUCUACAGCAUAUUAUCACCUUUGUUUGGAAAGCGUAACAGAGCCAGCACUCGUCCAAACAGUUAUCAAAUUGCUCCUUGUUGAGUCUGACAAUAACAAGAGGGUUGUUGAUGUAAUCGUAGAAAGGAUAUCUUAUGGAAAUCGACUCAGUCAAGUUAGUCUAUCAUUACUGAGGACGUUGAUUGAUUUGCGCUGUGAAGAUAUCAUGUUUGAUCUUGUUUUCAAAUAUCUUUUGCCUUGCACAUUUUUGCAAACGAAUCAAGCGAUUCAUCUGAAAAAUCAAAAGUAUGUAAGAGAAGCUGCGCAGAUGUUAUUAACAUUGAUUCCUGAAUGUACACUUAAAUCAUCAGCAUUAUGUUCCCAAAUGACGCUGUAUACUUAUAUUAAUGAGUGUCGAAAUUAUGUACAACAAACAGCAAAUGCUUGUUGGGAAAAGUGGGUCUGGAAUUAUGAUGGUCGUAAUCCGUCGUUUCUCAUGCUGAAAUUAAGCUCGGAUGAUGAAAGUAGUCCCAGUUGUAAUGACGGAUUCAUUCGACACUCUUCAGUUCGUUUGUCAUCAUUAUCUGCUCGAAGUAAUCGGAAUCGGUACUUUGUUAGUCGAAAUGCUCAUGUAACUGCUGAUAGUCUUCGUCAAAACACACCGCUACCUGAGUUAGGAGAGAAUGAUUUGUUUCCAAAAAGAAGUUUUCCAUAUAUGUCAAAUCCUUCUCUACUACUGAAUGAUGAUGACGAUGAACUAAUCAUACCGCCCUUAACACCCAAAUCACUUAUGAUGAUGACUUCAUCGAGUGAUUAUUUCCAAUUUGCUUAUGGAGAGUUAUCGGAGACCGAUACAGAAGUGGUCAAUCCUGACACGGCCAAUUCUAAGAAAGACUCAACGAAAACGGUUUCAGAUAAAGAGAAUUCAUCAAGUGCAAAUUGUGAUACAGAUAUUGAAUUGACGCAAUCUUUUGUUUUAAGAGGCUGGGGACAAGUAGAGGAUGUGAACACUUUUAUGGCUUUACUGGAUAGAGUUCCGCCAACAAAAGUAAAACAUUCCUUAGAAGAAAAUUUGGCUCUGAUCGAUUCUCGGAUUCAGUAUCUUGAAGAGCUAAAAGCUGAAAAUAAACUACUAAAAGAAGUAAACACUAACAGUGAAGCGGAAGAUGAGAGAAAUAACAACAAAAAUGAAGAAUGCCUUGCGCCAUUGGGUUAUCCGAUUGAAUGUUUGGAAAAUCAAGGAGUUGGGCCUUUUCUGGAAUCUCUAUUACGGUCGUUGGAGAAUAUACUUAAUAAUUCAUUGUACGUAACGCUUCAGACAACAUCAGUAUUAGCAGCACUUGCAUCGUAUCCUCAGCCUCUUAUCGCUCAUUAUCUGUUUGAUCAACGCAUGAUUUUACAACCUAGUGUAAAAAAUCUUUUUAAGGUUAUAAGCUCGUUGAAAAUGCAAAUUGAUGAAUAUGCUUCUUCGCUUGAUGGUUUUGAUGUUUUAUUAGAAAGGGGUAUCAAGUUUUUACGAUCAAGAGCAGAACGUCAUGAAAAAAUCAUUGAGAGCAAUCGGCUGCAUUCAUCCCACAUUAAAUAUUCUAAUGACUUUUUUUAUUCGCAUAAUGAUACAUUGGAAGGAAUGGAUUCAUCGAGAAAUUUAUUAAACCGAUUUCGACCAUUCGGUCGGAGCAUUCGUCGUUAUUCAAAUAAUGGUUCUGCUCACCCACAUGAAUUCCGUAUUUAUACGCACAAAGCAAUGGAAAGUCGUGAUGUGACGCUAGAUCAUGCGAGGGCAAAGCAGUUUGUCUUUGCAGCUAUUAUACUUUCGCAGUUUUGUCAGGAAUUAGCUGCUACGGUGUUACAACAUUCCAUCGUUGUACCUCGACCGAGAGGUAACUGGAACAAAAGUAACUAG